CCAACACGAUUGCCAGUAGGUUUGUCGUUAGACGACUCGGUUGAAGAUGACCUAUACGAGCAGGAGGAGGUGAAACUGGACUCUAGAUGGUUAAGCAAAAAUGUGUUCAUGAGGACAAAGCAACGUAUAGCCUUAUUCAAGGGAGACAUAAAAACUGCAGAUAAAAUUUGGCCUUGCGAUAAAAGAAUAACAGUAAAAAAAGUACCUAUCAGCCUUUUUAUCCACUCCAUUUAUUUCAUCAACAACUGCCUAAAACACGUAGUUAUUUAUCUAGGUCAGUGGAACAUAAUGCACGAAGAUAUCCUUUUUACUCUACAGUAUUCUUACUUGAAAUAUCUCGUCUUAUUGAAUUCGAUGGGGAGCAGAUGGAAUAAAUCGAAUGAUGGGGAAGGUGGACAAAAAUACAUUCGCAUGAAACAACAGCUGUUCUCCAUGAUGGAGAAAAUAAUCCCCCCUUGCUUCACCAACUUAGGAGAAAUAAAUGAUGAAGAAGAAAGCAAACCUCCCUGUAGAUGGCAAAAACCAGCAUACAAUACGAAGAAGGAACUAUCGGAGUAUUCCAAAUAUCUGAAUUUUCAAAACAAAGAAGAAAGAACGAAAAAAACGGACAAUGAAAAUCCAUACUGUUUGGAUAAAAGUAGAUCCUAUCGUAGUACUUGUAAAAAUACCACCUGCUUUAUUUUUAAUACCAUUUUUUAUAGUAUGAUUCACUAUAUCAAAUACGAUUCAAAAAAAGUGAUUAAACAAAUAGACGACUCGUGGUUUUAUUCUAAAACGAAGUUUCUAAAAAUCAUGAUUUAUACUCUCACCUGCUAUAUAAAUAGUUUAUGUUUAAAAAAAUGGGAUUUUUUUGAAUUCAUUGCGGAAUAUCAUCUCCCUCAUCUUCACAUUUUACCCAAUUGGAAAAAAAUUAGCUUUGGUGUCCAAGUACGAAAUGUGAAACCAUGCCUUAUGUACUUGGCUGAAAUUAUAGAGUACUUUUUUAACUAUAUAUUUUAUUGUCUACCAAUGAUGCGUGUUCUAGACAUGAAUCAAGAUGAGUUAGCAAGUAUGACAAGAAUCCUAUCCAUGUUUUUAAUUCCUUUACAUUUUUACAUUUACCUUGAUAAUCUUUUUAUCUUUUUUGGGAAUUCAAGCAAGCAUGUGAAGAAACCACCCAUGAACAUAUCCUCCCUCGUAGAUAUGGAUAACUACAUAGCUGAGAAAAAUUGCGAUUCCAGGAGGAACAUCAACGAUGGAGAUGCUCUCCAAAGAGUGGAUCCAAAAAAAAGGAAUAAGUUAAUUUUUUAUUAUGAAGUAAUGUUCAAAUGCUAUCUUGAAAAAAUGCUCAUCACGGAUUCAAGGACUGUGUCUAUUGACAAUUUAGUGAUUAGGCUUGACAUCAUGUCACGUGUACUAAUUGUGUUUGCCUUGAAUAACCUUCCUUGCUACAAGGUCAUUGCUGACUUGAAUAAAAUAUGGACUCGCCUCAACUCCCAGAUCGACCAAGUCAGUGUCAAGCACCACCAUAUGAUCCUUAGCUCUUGCCAAAAUUUGAUUGAUCACCGGGAGCUCCUGAAGAAAUACAGAAUGACCAAAUUUAGGAGGUGCUCCACGCUGCACUCCUACAUUACGCAGCUCUAUUAG